UUCUUUGGUCGUCGUCGUGUAUCCUGCGGUUCGUGUGUGCGGUCGGUCGGUCCGGUUCAAAAAUUGGUUUCUCUCCGUCGUGUGAUACGGACGACGACGGUCCGGGUCGGUAUUGGUGCACCUCGUGCGGUUCACGAUUCGAAUUGUCAUCCGCGGUCAGUGAUAGGAAAACAGCAACAUUCUCCGCUCACCGAAAUGGGGUUUCUAUGCUGAUGUGAUUAUACGAACGGCAAGCCAAGUGCAUUCAAGCUGGAGGCUCUAACGAAGACAAUUCCCAUCUAGACCCGGAUCUUUGGCACAUACAGUACAUGUUACUGUAAAGACUUGCUACGAAACAGGACUUUUCUCUUCAAGCAGUAAAACAAGCAGCAGUGAUGGAGGAUUCAACAGUUGUUGACCAGCAGCCCACCAACUCCGCGUACGAGAAUAACAUUGCCUCGGCGCCGGCCCCGACCCCGUGCUACGAUGAUCUGUUCCCGGCCCUGCCGGAAAGCGCUCCGCCGCGCUUCAACAAUCCGACCCUGUCGCCCGCUACGCAGAACAUGCGCGUCGGCAGCUCGGUCGUGACGCAGGUCUUCAUCGUGCCGUCCGGCGAGCGCAAGUACGACUCGGACAAGUUUGGCGAAGGCGAAUCGUUGCGCACCUGCCAGAACAUCAUGAAGGAAACCAACGCCCACAUCGAGAUCUCGAGUGGCAAGGACCAAUCGUUGACCUUCCUGGUGACUGGCAAGCCGAACGAGGUGAUCGAGGCCCGCCGCAAGAUUUUGGUGCACUUCCAAACCCAGGCGAGCAAGUCGAUCAGCAUCCCGCGGGAGCACCACCGCUGGAUCCUCGGCAAGAAGGGCGAUCGGCUGCGCGAGCUGGAGAAGAUCACCGCUACCAAGAUUGUCGUGCCGCGCAUCAACGAUGAGUCGGACAUGAUCACCAUCUCCGGUACCAAGGAGGGCAUCGAGAAGGCCGAACAUGAGAUCCGCACCACGUCCGAUGAGCAGUCGCGCAAGGCCUUCGAGCGGGUUAACAUCCCCAAGAUUUACCAUCCGUUUAUUAUGGGAGCCCACAACGAAAAUGUCAGCAAGAUGAUGGAGGAAACCGGAUCGAAGAUCAACAUUCCGCCGCCGUCGGUUCAGAAGGAUGAGAUCAUCAUCACCGGCGAGAAGGAAGGUGUACUCCAAGCGAAGACACGCAUCGAAGCCAUCUGUAAGGAGAUGGAAAAGAAGUGUACCAGUGUAGGCGUUGAGGUUCCUCGGGCCCAGCACAAGUACAUCGUUGGUCCGAAGGGCUCCACCAUUCAGGAAAUCUUGGCGAUGACCGGCGUAUCUGUUGAGAUGCCGGCUAGUGACUCUCCCAACGAUACCAUCACUCUGCGCGGCCCCCAGGACAAGCUCGGAAAUGCUUUGAGCGUUGUGUACCAGAAAGCGAACUCCGUGCGUACAACUACGCUUGAGUGUCCCCAGUGGAUUCACAAGUAUAUUAUUGGACGCGAGGGUGGCCAUAUUAAGGAAUUCACUGCUCAGUAUCCCAACGUACAUGUGGAGUUCAACGAAGACAGGAUCAAGAUCGAAGGCCCGCCGGAUCAGGUGGAAGCUUCUUCGGAAGCGCUGGAGAAAAUGGUCAAGGAUUACACUGGGCGUCUAACCUUUACCGAAAUGGUGGUUGAUCCGAUCUACUGCAAGCACAUCAUCGGUAAGAACGGAGCCAACAUCAACCGUAUGAAGGAGGAAUACGAGGUCUUGAUCAACAUUGACGAGAAGGACUUGAAACCGAUCCGCAUCGAAGGACCGGCCGUCGGUGUUGAAAAGGCUAAGCAGGAGCUGCUUGAGAUAGCGAAACUGGAAAAUGAAAAGGAAGAGUCGAUCGUUAUCGAUCAUCGUCUGUUCAAGACGAUCAUCGGUGCGAAAGGCGAAACGAUUCGGGAAAUCCGUGACAAGCAUAACCAGGUGCAGAUUAUCUUCCCCGGAGCAACCGACAAGUCGGAUAUUGUUAAGAUCCGUGGCCCACGUGAAGAUGUUGACAGGUGCCACAAGUAUCUGACCAAGUACGUUAAGGAACUGCAGAAGAACUCCUUCGUGAUGGAAGUCCCUAUCUUCAAGCAAUUCCAUAAGUACAUCAUUGGCAAGGGUGGAGCCAACAUCAAGAAGAUUCGUGAUGAAACCCAAACGAAAAUCGAUCUUCCAGCAGAGGGUGACAAGAACGAAGUGAUUGUCAUCACUGGCAAGAAGGAAAACGUUAAGGAAGCUCGCGAUCGUAUUCAGAAGAUUCAGGAAGAACUAGCGAACAUCAUCACCGAGGAGAUCCAGAUCCCACCCAAGUACUAUAAUUCGUUGAUCGGAUCCGGUGGCAAACUGAUUUCUUCCAUCAUGGAGGAAUGCGGUGGAGUUUCAAUCAAGUUCCCCAGUCCGGAAUCGAAAAGCGAUAAGGUGGCCAUCCGUGGUCCUAAGGAGGAUGUCGAACGGGCUAAACUUCAGCUGGUCGAGCUGACCAACGAGAAGGAACUCUCUUCCUACACUGCCGAGGUUCGUGCAAAACCGCAGCACCACAAGUUCCUCAUUGGCAAGAACGGCGCUUCCAUCAAGAAGAUCCGCGAUCAAACAGGUGCUCGCAUCAUCUUCCCGGGUCCCAACGACGAGGAUAAGGAGGCCAUCACCAUCAUCGGGAAAAAGGAGGGUGUUGAUGAGGCCAAGGCCCAGCUGGAGUCGAUCAUCAAAAAUAUCGACAACAUUGUUGAGGAUGAGAUUAACGUGGAGCAGAGGCACCACAAGCAUUUCGUGGCUCGCCGUGGCGAGGUGCUGCACCGUAUUUCGGAGGAAUAUGGUGGCGUGAUGAUUUCUUUCCCCCGCUCGGGUGUGGACAGUGACCGGGUGACGCUCAAGGGUGCCAAGGAGUGCAUUGAGGCCGCUAAGGCUCGCAUUCAGGAGAUCGUCGAGGAAUUGGAGCAGAUGGUUACGAUCGAGUGCAUCAUUCCGGCUCGCCAUCACCGCAUCGUUAUGGGCAAGGGUGGUUCCAAGGUGCAAGGAAUUACGUCGGAGUUUGAUGUGAACAUUAAGUUCCCGGAACGAGACGCGCCGGAAGCGUACGUUGAAGGGCAACAGAAUGGCGAUGUUAAUGGAGUGGAACCCAUCAAGACCACCGACAUCAUUAAAAUCAGUGGUCGCAAUGAGAAAUGCGAAAAGGCGAAGCAAGCUCUGCUGGCCUUGGUUCCAAUUACCGAGGAAAUUACUGUUGCAUUUGAUCUGCACAGAUCUUUGAUUGGUCAGAAGGGUCGUGACGUUAAGGAACUAAUGAAUACGUACGAUGUUCAUAUUGAAUUAUCUCCUCAGGACCAGAGGCUGGACAUUAUCAAGGUUACUGGUGCCAGAGCUAAUAUCGAAGAUGCCAAGGUGGCAAUUGCUAAGAGAAUUGAAGAGCUCGAAGCAGACCGUAAGGAUCGUGAGCUGCGCUCAUUUGAAGUUAAGGUCGAAAUAGAUCCUGAGUACCAUCCGAAGAUCAUCGGUCGUCGUGGCGCCGUUGUCAAUAAGAUCCGUGCUACCCACGGUGUGCAGAUUUCCUUCCCGAAGCAAGAUGAUCCUCAGAACAACAUUAUCACCAUCCAAGGUUAUGAGACUAAUGCCCAUGCUGCCAAGGAUGAGAUCUUGGGAAUUGUCAACGAGCUUAACUCGAUGUAUCGCGAGGAAGUGAACAUUGACGAACGCGUGCAUCGUCGUUUCAUUGGAUUCAAGGGACAUCGUGUCCGUGAGAUCAAGGAAAUGUUCAAGGUUGAAAUCAGUUUCCCCCGUCCGGAGGACAAGGAUCAGUCACUCAUUGUCAUUGCUGGCAACAACCAAGACAAUGUUGAAGCUUGCCGCGAUCAUCUGCUCAACUUGGAGGAGGAAUUCCUUCAGGAUGUUGUUACCUCUGCACCACCGCAGCAGACCACUUUCACCCAGUUCCUGGAGGACUCAAUGAGUAACCGCGAGACCCCCAAGCAGGGCUUCGUAGUGCAGGGCGCUCCAUGGGAACGCAAAACUCCUAACACUCAAUCGCAGGAGGACUUCCCAGAUUUCGGUUUUGGACCAACUCCAGCUGAGCAAGCCCCACAGGCUCCGAUCGCUUCGGCCUGGAAUGCGCGCCGCUAAACAGAGAUCGCGCUUCUAAAAGCGCAAGCCAACUCACGUAACACUCACAGCAAUCUAAAACGGAGAGAGAGAGAGACAACAAGAGAGAAGUCAAUUUUUCCUCCUUCAAUAAAAGAGUCACAAUAAUCUACAAUUGUAAUAGCAGCGACCGGUUUCGUGUCUGACUACAGAAAACUACUUCUCAAUCUAAAGCAUUCAUGAUGGAACUCGUUAUUUUUGAUCUCUCACUCUCUGAUACGCGCUUUUUUGUGAAGAAGCGAACCCUUUUUCCAUCAGCCUGAAGGUAUGGAGGAAUAAAAAAAUAACAAUUGAGUGAAGCAACUUUAUACACAACUAAGACAAAUAUCAUUGUUCGUUUAUUUUUUAUUUUUUUUUUCUGGUUCUACGUUAUUUUUUUCGCUAAUACCAAUAUUGCGGGAAUACAAGACUAGUGCAAGUUGUACAUAAAAAGAAGAAAAAGAAGCAGUAGAUGAAGAUUAUGAGUAACAAAACAAGGAAGCCAAGUGGAAUUUUGAUUCUAGAGAAAACUAAAAAACGAAAAGAGAAACGCAAAUUGUGCAAACAAAUAAAUCCACACUACUACUUGCAGGACUAGAUGAGACGAGGGAAAAUUUAUAUUAAAUUUCACACGGUAGAAACCUCACCAUUUAAUUGUGUAUGAAACAUUAUUAUAACAAAAUAAUAUAUUUAAAAGUUUUGUAUUUAGACAAAAAAUCAAAUAA